AUGUGGGCCGCCACGAUGCCUUACUAUUCAGAAUAUAAGUCGGAUCGUUCUAGGCACGAUACCAACCAGAAUGCCCAGUCCAAUGCCAGUCUCAGUGUUAACGACAUGCCUGGCUAUCACGAUGUAUCUCCUGCCAAUCAUCAUGCACCUCUCGACUUGGACGAAUACUUGGUACCAGCCGUUGAAGGCCCCCCAUCUCCCGAAAGAAUCCGCCAAUUGAGCAAGCAGAUGAAACAUGCGUCUCACUUAAAUAGAAGCCAUCGUACUACAUCUGGGUCUUCGUCAAUACUGAAUGGUGAGCGAGGAUGGGAGCAAACAUUCGACAACAUGAGCAUUACUCGGCGUUCCUCACAACGAUCAACAACAAGUGGCAAUUCGUCUCGAGACCGACCCGACAGUGUGCAAGUGCUGGGCAAGAACAUCUUCCAUCGUCGUGCAAAGUCGAGCAAGUCAGGUCGAUCCAAACGCGAGAGUAGUGCCCAGAGCUCGUCAGGAAGCUCGCUCUACUCUACUGAAUUAAACAGUGAAACUUCUCUGAACACUUUCAAGGACACCAUCAUGCCUACCAUCUUCGCCCGUCGGAAAUCAUCUCGCGAUGAGACAGUUCUUCAGAAAAAGCUUCAAAUAUCUGGACCUUUCAACUUCCAACAUGUGACGCAUACUCCACGGGAACAGCUAACCAACCCAAUGCCGCGCACUUCUGGACAAGAGGUGCACUUCACAAACACAUUCUCCAACUCCUCGUCAGAACAUGUCACCGAACAUGAAAUAUCACCACGUAGCUCGAGAGCCUCCCUCCGUCCCCGCCGCUUGAUAAAGCACGCUCGGUCCCAGGAGCAACUUCGUACCAGCCCGCCUCGGCCAGUCCGACCCCCGAGAUCACCUCCAAUGGAACCAUUGCACUCUCCAACCUUGGGUGCCCCGAUACCACCUCCAAGAGGGUCAAGUCGACAACCAGCUCUACGCGAUGAUGACUCGGUUACAAUGCCAAGUUGGGAUCGUCCCCAGACCAGCGGAGGCUUCCGCCAUCCUCAACCCUUUAGUCCCAAAGAGAUCAUGGAGCCAGCGUCUAAUGGAUAUGGCAUUGCGUUGGAACAGCAAGUAAUGCCCGUGGCCGAACAUCGGUUUUCACAUGCGAUAACUACUCCUGACGAUGCAGCCUGGCCGCUACCAGCCACAGCAAACUAUGAGCCACCGUUGCCAGAUGUGCCAGAGGAGGAGGAGCAUGUGAUUCACAUGGGACGCUCACCCAAGAAAACCGCCAGUACCAGGUCUUCGCUCCGUGCUAGCCAAUCGGUCCCUCUUCUUCGAAGAUCCCAGACUAAUGAGAAUGCUGCUGCCCAACGUAGUGCUGGACAUUACAACGGCAGUGCCGCUCAUAGCCAUUCCAUCAGGGAGAGUUGGGAAGAUGACAUCGAUUACUGUUACGAGCACGAAGCCGACGCCAACUUCGAAUAUGAAUGGGAGAGGCCGUCGAUGGACGUUGGCCAAGAGGCUCCUCCUGGGGUUCAGGUGGCUUUCUUCGAUGACGAAGAGCUGAGAGAGGUACCAACGGUUGGUACCGCCGAGUCCUCCCCCGGUAUGCUUUCCGCAUCCCAGUUUGACAUGCCGGCUCUAAGUCCCGCCAGCCAGGCUUCGCCAGAAAGCACCUUCGAGAUCGUUACUCCGAGUACGGGAGUCGCAGUGACCAGCAACUUCUCAUUCCCACGUGGCGAGAAGGGUCGCCGACCACCCAAUCUCACCCAUUGUCGAAACGAUUCUAGAGCCUCCAGUUUCAAAGAGUCAUACGGGUUUACCCUAUCGCCCUCGCUGCUCAUUCCUGGCGACUACCACCAGCAAAUGCUCCUCAAUGAGGCCGAAAAGCAGGGUUGUUCAGGCGAGUAUGACGUUGUCCAUGGUAUCGUUAACUCCAACCGUCCCUACGAGAAUCCUAGCAACGCUGCAAGCCAUACCUCUCUUACCAUGUGUCACCAACGCGCAAGCACUUCUACCACCGCUACCAACUUUACGUCCUUGUCCGACUCCACUGGAGAGCGUCACGUCUCUACCAACUCCACCUGGACCAACCUGACGCGUCUUACAAGCAGCACGUCUUUGAACAAGUGGGUCGAGGCCAACGACACAUCUCGCGAGUCUCAAAUCAUCAAGCUUCACGACGAUAGUGAGGAAGAAGAGACCACUCCCCCUGCCUCCGUCGAGAAGGAUACCGUACCCGAGCUUACACCAUUCCCCUCUUUGCCUGUUAUCAAGAGAUCUUCUCACAAGAGCCAUGCAAGCGAGUCCAUUGCUAGGGAUGAGAUGCCUCCCAACAAGUCGGUCGAUGCUACCAAGACCCGACGCUCUCGCGCUAGGACAACGAGCCUCAGCACACAGAUGCCUCCUGUUGGACAAUAUGCUCUAUUUCCCCGAGCUUAUGCCAAGGGCAAUGGUGAACGCAUUUAA